AUGCCGACAAACGUUCAGUUCGCGAAUCCACCCCUGCCGACGGGGAUAAAUUUGCCCAACAUCUCGGUACCUCCACCGACUGCUCCAAAUUUAUCAGCACCACCUCCAAAUUUGACUAGGAUAAACACCGCGCCUGGAGGAUUCCAGUCUCAACAACAGCAGAGGUUUCUCAAUCACCGGGACAACACUCGGGAAUUUUUCAAGCCCUUCCGACCUUAUCAUGCCCCGAAGAUUGUUUCGGGGAGCCAGGAUGCUCUCCAAGACGAGUUUGAUGGCAAGAGAUUGAGAAAGUCGGUCAUGAGGAAGACAGUGGAUUAUAAUUCAACUAUAAUUAAGACUCUGGAGAAUCGUAUAUGGCAACGAGACUUCCGUGACAGAUGAUCUCUUCAGCCGGACGUAAUGUAUUACCCAGACCUCUUACCACCUUCGAGUUACGAUGACAAUUCAAUCAACGCCGUAACCACGAGGUUCGUUAAAACGGCGACGAACAAGAUGCGUUGUCCUAUUUUUUGUAUGGCCUGGACUCCAGAAGGUCGACGACUGGUCACUGGAGCUUCAAGUGGUGAAUUUACCCUCUGGAACGGUCUUACCUUCAAUUUCGAAACGAUUCUUCAGGCACACGACAACCCGAUUAGGACGAUGGUUUGGUCACACAACGAAAGCUGGAUGGUGACCGGGGAUCACUCGGGGUACGUCAAGUACUGGCAAACCAACAUGAACAACGUCAAGAUGUUUCAGGCCCACAAAGAAGCGGUUAGAGGAUUCAGUUUCAGUCCAACGGAUCACAAAUUGGCGACUUGCAGUGACGAUGGCUCCGUCAGAAUUUGGGACUUCCUACGCUGUUAUGAGGAGAGAACUCUCAAAGGUCAUGGUUCUGAUGUAAAAUGUGUCCAUUGGCAUCCCCAAAAAAGUCUAGUCGUCUCUGGAAGCAAAGACAAUCAGCAGCCAAUAAAAUUAUGGGAUCCAAGAACUGACCAAGAGCUGGUGACGUUGCACGCUCACAAGAGUACAGUUAUGGAUAUUAAAUGGAACGACAACGGAAAUUGGUUGGUGACAGCGUCGAGGGAUCACUUGUUGAAGCUUCAAGUGUCGCUUGGCACCCGAGUCAUGAAGGUCUUUUCUGUAGUGGAGGUACCGACGGCGCUAUUCUCUUUUGGCACGUUGGAGCUGACAAAGAAGUAGAUGCGAUUGAGCAAGCUCAUGACAGUAUCGUUUGGACAUUAGCAUGGCAUCCGCUAGGACAUAUUCUUUGCUCUGGUAGCAACGACCACACUUCGAAAUUCUGGACCCGGAAUCGUCCAGGAGAUCUCAUGAGUGAUAAAUAUAAUCUUAAUACCCUGCCUGCUGGAGCAGCUGGCAUUGAUGAUCAUGAAAUUGCUGAUGAAGCUGCAGUGAUACCUGGAAUGGGUCCUGAGGACAAAAUAAACGAAUUCGACCUUGAACAGUCGAUGGAAGAAGACACUUCUCAAGGAAUAUUUGGCUUGGAUCUCGAUCAAGCGGCAGAAGAAAGUAAAAAACUCGCAGCAAGUAAGAAAGUACCGUACAGCAAGCCUAUUCCCCGGAACUUCCAAGCACAGUGGAAUGAAAUGGAAGCUGAGGAUCCAGAGCAAGUAGAGGCGUUGAACGCUAUUGUCAAUCAGUUGAUUGAAACUACACCUGGAACAGUGCCUUUAAAUGAAGUCGCUCCUAAUGCUAUUAUUUUAUACGGAAAAAUAAUUCCUGUUGAACCUGGAUCAAAACUUUCCGAAGCGAUUGUAAAAGGCAACAACGCGAUAAAUAAAUUAAUAACAGCAGGUGAAAUAGAAGAACUGAGAGACGUUGCAAUAAACUUGCCUGAAGAACCAGAAAUAGAGGAAGACUAUUUGCAAGACGAAGGCGAAAUAGACUACACUAAAGUUCCAAAUGUAGAUUUACCACCGCCACUGCCUAGUUCAAAGUUUGCUCAAAAUCCGGAAUUAUUGAAAGCGCUCAACUACGGAGGGAAGCGUAAGUUUGAUCAGUUGAUCGCGUGGACUGAAGCAAAUCCAACUGACCGAGGAAAUAAAAUGCACCAACCGGUGUUUGGAGCCGGUGGAAUGUCUGAUGAUUCAUUGUCGAAUAAUGACAGUGAUCUAAGGCUAAUGCCUGGUAUGAAGAACCCUCAAGACAUUAACUACUUUGCAAAUCAAGAUGAGGAUCUCAGAAGAAUCAAUAAUGUAGAUAACCGAGGAGGAAUGGGUCGGGAUGAGGACAAGAGGAUGAAUGUCGCUUCAGCAAGUGGCCCAGGAAGGCCACCGGGUAUGAUGAUGAAUGAAUUCGACAUACGCAAUUCAUUUGACAUGAGAAAUUCGUACGGUGAUAAGGACUUUAGGCAUUUAGAACCUCCUCCGAUGAUCGGAUGGUUCAAAAAGUCCUCCAUGGAUGGCAAUGACAAUUUUGGAAGUGGAGACAUGGAUCGCGAUGGACGGCAACGAUCAUGGGACGACGACAAAGGAAAGAACAGCAACGACAGCGGGCGUUCUAACUUCGAUAAGCGCGAUAUGUCUUCAAAUAUGCAGAACAACAGCAUGCAAAUGUCGAUGGGAAAUAUGCCUUCAGGAAAUAUGGGAUCAAACCACCACAACAUGCAGAAUAUCAGCCCCAACAUGCCCCCGUCGAUGAUGUCAACGAUGCCUCCCCAUCACCAGCAGCACCACCAGAUGAAUCAUCUUUCUAAUAUUAAAAAUAAAAAUAAUUCCAACAUGAUGAGAGGCAAUGACAACAGCGGCCCGAUGCCGCCACACAUGAUGCACAUAUCCAACUUUGGACCCAAUGGACCUUCACCGAUGCCUCCCAACUUCAGGCCUAACUUCCGACCGCCCAAUGGGAACUACGGACCCAACCACCCACCCUACAGACCCAAUCCCAUGUCUCCUUUUGUUCCUAGUCAAAAUAUGCCGUUCAAUAACAAUGUCCCUCCGCCGAAUUUCCGCGGUCCCAAUCCUGGAAACAAUCAGAUGUCCAACUUUGACCGUCCGCCCGGCUUCGGACCAAAAUUCCGCAUGUCUGGAAACCAAUCUGAACACGGCUCCGGCGGGGGCAAUUUUAAUUCUGGGUAUGGAAAGAAUUACAACAACAGCGGAGGCGGUGGGGGUAAUAAUGGGCAGCAGCGGCAGCGGUAAUAAUUCUGGAGGAAAUACCCUAUUAUAUAUAUACAUGCAUAAAUAUUAAUAAUAAUAAUAUUGAUAUUAAUAAGUAC